CUGAGCCCGGGAUGAGUCCCGCCGAGGAAGCUCGGCGCUGUUCGGAGGCCCGGGGCACGGAGCGGGGACUUUGCGCCCGCGCUGCCGAGGCCGCUCGGCGGGGCAGAGCGGCCAAACGCGGCCGGGACAUUUCCAGCGCCCGCUCCCGCCUCCGCGCCGAGAGCUCCGGCCCGGCGCUCCCCGGCCGCGCUUCGCAGACAGUCUCAAAGUUCACCAUCCGCGCCUGCUUGCACACAGUUGCCCAGUCGGGAAUAUUCGCCCCGUCGGGUUUGGGACCCCAGGCGCUGGCUCCCCGGCGGUGGUUACCUGCCGGCGGAGCCCUGCGGCUCGGAGCAGCCAAGCGAUGCCGCCCCCGCCGCAUUCCAGCGCGGCCCGGCGGCACCCGCGGGGCUCGGCCGGUCACAGCGGGACCCGCGGAGCCCGGCCCCCAGCGCCGCCAGGACCUGUCCGGGAUGGCGCCCGGCGGACAGGGGCGGAGGGCCCGGUGGCCCCUGAGGCUCCCCGGCUCGGAGGCGAUCGGCCAGGCCGCCAGGUCCCGGUCCCGAGCCCAGAGGAGCUGCCCCGCUUGCAAGGAACAGCCCGAGCCGGGUCACCUGCGGGCCGCUUCAUUCCCCGCACCAAUGGAGCAGGAGAUCACUGUUCCCUCAAGAGCGGGACUGGAGAGGAUCCUGCGUGUCCCAUUCUCUCUAUGUGCCUGCAUGUGGCUCCGCUGUCCAGGCCUCCCCAGGAGCCUCCGUCCCAAACUUCACUUCGGGCCGGCUGAGGAUGCACGGAACUCCUCUUGCUGCCAUCACUCGCAGUACGCAGAAGAGAUGUGUCUGUCCCUUCUUACAAACACCCAGCUGCGCUUGGGCAGCCCCACGGGCAUUCAGCUCUCCUGGUCCUGAAGGUCCCCUUGAAAGGAUGAGCCAAGCCCGCUGGAGCAGGUGCGAGCUUAAAAUUGCUCCAGAAACAUCUGCAGGGAAAAUGAAUCAAACAUAGUGAUGGCUGGAGGAAAAAAAAUUCAAUUCUUAGUUCUGAGUGUUUUAGUAAAACAGAAAUUUGUGACAGUAAAUUCCGCAGAAAGGGUUUGAGAGAUUUCUUGCAAUUAAAAGUAAUUGACAAGGAAACAAAAAUGACAAUGCACCAAAAUCCCAUGUUUUUGUUUCACACAAUGCAGGUGUGAACUUCUGUUUCAUGAGCAAAUGGAAGGCCAGCAGAGUCAGCUGGCACACUCCAGUGUUCUCUCAGGAGAAUGGGUUCUGUAAUUAAAACAUGGAAACAUUAAUUUACAGAUUACAAAGUAUACUUUAUCAAUCGGAAAAAAAAAAAUUCCUAAAUUGUUUUUAUAUACAGUCAGUAUUUUCUAAAAUUAUAUGUCUUGGUUUCAAUGCAGUAGCAGUGCCUCACAGGGCUGUUUCCACAGGGAGCUGCAGCGCUGCCUAAGCAAUGAAAACUCAUAAGAACUCUGAGCAAAGUCCUGGUCCAGAGGAAAAGCCUCAAGUCUAUGACAGGAGUUUCAGGUAUUUCAGUAAAAUGAGUCUGAGAGUAAAUGAGAGUAAAAUGUCCCUGACUGUACCCAACUGUCCAAAUUCAGCUUGUUCUAUUCAGAUGAACCCAUUUCCAGAAAUGGGACAAACACAGAGCUGGGAGAUAUAUCAUCUACUUCUGCCUGCUGGGUGAAAUAUCAUCUGGAAUAAAAGCUGGUAAGCAGUUUAUGCUCAGAGCUUUCAAGAGGCUUUGUCUGACUCCAAAGUCAAAGACUUUGAAAACUUCUGUUUCAGCAGAAAUAGGAAUAGGCCAUGAACAUUUCAAAUAAAAAGUCAGUGCUGCAUGAAACAGCAGAAGGAUAACCAAGAAAGUGUAAGCAGAAGUGUAUCACUAAGUUUGUAAUUUAAUAACAAUAUCCACACCUCUCUCGUCUUUAAAACAUUCUCACAUUUUAUAAUCAUUCUGAAAUUAAGGCCUAACUACAUAUUAAAAAAAAAAAUUAAAGUAAAUCAGAACAUUUAGGAUCAGAUUCCAUUCCUAAUUACUGUAAUUAACGAACAAGUCCCCACAGUUUAAGGACUGGUUUGCUCAGUUUUGUUGGGUUUUUUUUUACAUAGACCCCUUUUAUUUAAGUUAAGGACUUUUAAAUCUUCUAUUUUUUACAUGGAAACCUAAAUUCCUGUUCAAAUUAUUUUAAUAUAGUAUAAAAUGAAUUCCCAGCCUUAUAAAAAAGACAUAUCUUUGUCUUUUUAUUUUCCCUCCCUGUUUGAAGACAAAUUAAAUGUUUAUUUAAUUAACUUGAUCAUCCCCAAACAGGCACAAAUGCUUAUUUCCACAUUCAUAUCAGCAGUGAUAUAAGUGAAUAUUUAAUACAAAGUAUUUCAAAUAUUAAAACUUGUUGCUGUAGUUCCAUGAACCAGGCAGCUGAUUAACUUAGAGAGGAAGGAUGCGUGUUGCACACUGUGGCUCCCUGAAGCAGCGCUGUCAACUCUUGAGGGUGCUAUUCUUCCAUCCCAAAGCACAUCUUGCUGUCCAGAAGCUCAGGGAGGGCGAGUGAAGUGCUCCACAAUUCUAAACAGCAGCAAGAGUCAUCUGUACCGACUCAGCUGCACUCAUCUCUGCUCAGGGAAGGAAACUGAGCAGAAAAACAUAACUGAGGAGGAAUGUGACCAAGUGCAUUUGUGACUAUUAAGAGUUUUUAAUUGUACUGGAACAUUGAAGUGUCUUUAUUUCACCUAAGCCCUGCUCCUGUGUUGUUCUCAGGUCUCUCACUCCUGUGGGCUCCACAUGGGCUGCAGGAUAUGGGCAGGAUGGUGCUCUGCCUGCUGAUCCCACAGCCUGGCAGUUUGUGCACAACAUAGCAUGUGGCAGCCCUGUUAGCAACCAGAGUGCAGCUGCACAUUUAUUUUACUACCUUGUUAAACCAGAAUAUUUUGUUGCUACUGACAAAGCUCCAGGCAGGAGUCUGCACGCAAAACUUCUUGGGGUGAAUGGGAGCCCAGCCUCUCCUCUCUUCCACUUGCAGAACUGGUGGGAGGAAAGAAGAUUGGGGUGGGCACUGUGGAGCAGAAAGGAUGGAGUGACAAGAGGAUAAUAUCCUCAGCUGUGUCCUGAGUGCACCUGGGGAGUAGGCAGGGAUGGAGCAGCAGUGGUUUCCUAUGCAAAUAAAGAGCUGGCAAUCUACCAUCUCA